AUGGUAAACCAACCCUUGAUAAUAUGGGAGAUCUUCUAGAAGAGGCCAUCACAGCUUCAAAAAGACUCAAAUAUGGUACUUGAGGAAAGGCCAACUGACCUCUGGUACUUCUAUGAAACAAGGUUCCAGGAAAAACUGUACAAGCUACAACCAGUCACGUUGUCAAAUCCCUUGGGACACAACUCUGUUGAUGCUUUUGUUGGCCUGAACUGGGAUGAUACAAGUGUCCAGAUAUAUGGGCCUGAGCUUGGAAGAAGAUCCUUAGCUGAUGAACUAAAGGACCUCUGUGAAGAGAAGGAACAUUUGGAUGUGUUGUCGGCUUUCCCACCCACAAGCAGUAUUAGUGUUCCUAAAGCAACUGUAGCUGCUGGCUUGGGAAGCAAUCACUUGGCUGUAUGUGGCAACUCGCUUGUAACUUUCCCAUAUACAGCUUCAUCAACCUACCAACAGAUUUCAGAUGAGCUGGGCCAAGGAACCUCCUAUGGCCACAUCUUCUCCAUUAGUCCAGUCGAAACUGUUGUAUCCUUCAGUACCAUACAAUGCAGAGACCUAGUGGCAUUCCACUUGCAUAAUGGUAAGGACUGCUUGGCAGUGAUUGAUCAUGAAACCUCCUCUGCUGUGAUUUGUGGAACUGCACCAACAGGAUACAGGCUACUGAACUACCUGGGAACUAGUCUUUGCAGUUGAGGCAGCAGCAUUUACCUUGGGA